UGUAUCAGUCUAUGUAUUAUAUAUAAAAGGUAACGGAGAACGAUCGAGCAGUAACCGUUGAAUACGAUCGUCGAACUUGAAGAAUCCAAGAAGGCCGAAAAUAACAAGAUGAAAUUCACUCUAGCAAUUUUGGCUGUUCUGGCCGUGGCCGGUCAACUGAACGCUUACGAUAUGCCAAGCACUGGUUCGGGUGAGCUGGCUAAGGACUUUCAAGAUAUCUUUGACCUGAUCCCACUGAACGAGCUGAUAGACAUUACGAGAACGUACGCAGCUCAGGACAAGGAAUUCCAGCUGAUGACGAAACUCGUGAGAUCUCAGGAUUCGAAAGAAUUCGUCGCAUUAGUGGAAGGAGCGCCCGAAUUUAAGAAACUGAUGGCCUAUGUACAAACUAACGGUCUUGACAUUUAUCGUUUGUUAAACAAAUACAACGAAAUUCUGAAUAUACCACCGUUCAAGCCUCUAGCAGGGCCCCAGCGUGCUAUCAUCGGCGGACUUUCGGGUUACGUGCGAGACAUCCUUGAUUUAGUUCCCGUAGACAAGAUGAUGGAUGUGCAGCAGGAAAAGAUGGACAAUUCCGAAGCAUUCAAAGGAUUGGUUAAUAAGAUCACGAGCGCUGAAUUCGUAAAUUUCUACAACUCCAUGUUGCAGAGUGAACUCCUUUUGAAACUAGAAAAUCGCGCGGAACAAGUCGGCCUAGAUAAGGAAUCAUUCCAACAUUACUACGCGAUUUUCUUAAUGCUGACACCCUUCAAUAAGUAAACUUUCAGAUGCAAGUAUCUGCUAAGUUAGAUGAAAUGUUAAAUUGUUAAACCAAAUAUGAUUAUCAAAUAUAAUUAAAUUUUUAUCUGCAAUCAAAA